AUGGCAGACAAACAUAUUUUUAAUAGCUCAAUUCGUUUUGAAGAACUCCUAUCGGACACCGAUGAUCCUAUUGACAAUCGAAAUGGUUUAAUGCACGAGCCAACGAAUGAUUUAUUUAUAAACCGCAUUCACACGCCACCAUUAGCACGAUCGCGAUCACCAUUCAUAGCUUUAAGUCAAGCAUCCACUCGAAAUAUUAUGAGUACACCGAAUCCGGCUCAAAUUGCUGAAGAAAAUCGAUAUCUAAAUGAUGAAUUGAAUCGCGUCGAAACAAUAUUAAAUUUGACGCGAGCAGAAAAGGAUGAACUUAGUAUACGUUACAAUGCCCUAUCUGAUCGACUCGAACAAUCAUUACGUGCACAAGGUAUCGAUGUAUCAUCGGAUGCUAGUAGUAUCGAACCAGAACGAUCGAUACUCGUUCAACAAAACAUUGAUCUAAGACGAAAGCUGGAAGAAGAACAUCAAAAUUAUAAACGUAAAUUAUCUAAUUAUCAAGAAGGACAGUUAAAACAAGCGCAACUCGUACAAAAGCUACAGCAAAAAGUCUUACAAUACAAAAAACGAUGUUCAGAACUUGAACUACUAACUGAACAACAAAAACUUGACAGUGAUCGAGCUCGAAUUCUAGCAGCCAGUAAUGUUUCAUCAUCGUCGCUUGUCGAAUCCCGUGUAAAUCAAACGAAUGAAGAUAAAGAUGUUGCAGUUAUUUCACUCGAAGAAGAAAAACAAAAAUCGGCCAAUCUCACUCAAUUGAACGCCAUUCUACGAGAACAACUUGACCAAGCUCAUUUAGCGAAUCAACAGUUAAUGGGCGAUGUACGUCGUCUUAACAAUGAACUUCAACAAGUACGCGAAGAAUUCGUCUCAAAAACAAGAGAUUGGAAAGAAGAAACACGCAUAUUCAAUCGAUAUUAUAACAAUGAACAUAAUCUAAUCUAUGAUCUAUGGCGAGAUAUUGCUUCAUUUCGUAAACAAUUUUCUGAACUCAAAGGCACUACUGAACGCGAUCUAAAUCGUGUUAAAACUGAUCUUUCACAAACAGGUCGAUCGUUAACCAGUGCCUGUUUUGGAUUUUUAACUGCCGUCAAAACAGCCGAAACUCAAGGACAAGCUGUUGCCGAACGCGAGCGUUCUGAUCGUGCUAAUUGCGACAGUCAAAUUCGAGAAAAAACACGAGAAAUAACAGAGUUACAACAACGACUCCAAGAGUUAUCACAAAUCAACGAACGAUUGCGCAUUCAAUUGAACGAAAAAGACGGUGCUAUCUCAAACCUUACGCGUGGCAAUCAACUGACAGAAAAUUCUUCGGCGAAUGUGGAUUUGCGUGCGACGCGGGAUGUCAGUGAUGACAGAGACCGAGUUCAUCAACGAUUGCGGGACAUCGCCCAGGCUAUUCUCAAUGAUGAAGAUUAUACAUUCGAUGUAGAAGAUGCAGGACGAACAUCACCACGUCGUCUAUCACCAAUACGAGGUGUCGAACGAUUCGAAUCACCCGAGCGUGCUUAUGGCCGCCUACGUUCGCCUCGAUCUGUUUCACCUCAACGUCAAAUGUCGCUACCGCGUUCACGAAAUAUUUCACCAUCAUUUGCUGAUAGUACAUUUAGUGCUGUUCAUGCUGCAUUAAAUAAACGGCAAGUUCAAAUUCAUGAUUUACAAACUAAAUUAUCAAGUUCACGUGAUACAGUUCAACAAUUAAAGGACCAAUUCAAUCAAUGUGAUGCUGAUCGUCGUCAUUUCGAACAGCAAGCAACAAGUUAUAAAUUACAAAUUGAUGAAUUACGAAGACAAUUUGAUGAUACAGCGCACGAACGUGAUCGUUCGAAGAAUGCAUUGGAAACAUCGCAUCAUGAACGUACAAAUAUGGAAAAGAUUCGCCUUACACUCAAUUCUCAAAUUGAUACAUUACGGGCUGAUAUUGACCGUUUACAACAAGUCAAUACCGAAGUACAACGUCAACGAGAUAUAGUCGGAGAAGAGAAAGAAGAUCUACAGAAGGACAGAAUUCGACAAGUUAAAGAAAAUGAACGUUGCAUUAAAGUUAUUGAAAAUCUUGAAAAUAAAAUUUCACAAUUGAAAAACGAUGUGAACGAAUUACGAGAACAAUAUCAUAAGGAAAAACUAUCACGAGAUGUAUUAACACAAGAAAAACACGUUCUAUCUGAUGCACUCUCACGUUCAGAAUCGUAUCGAGCUGAAAUUGAACUUGAUCUUAGCAAAGAACGUAGUGAAAGUGGAGCUUUACGAGAUCUUCUCUGUAAAAUUCAAUCACUUAACGAGGGACUUGCUCAAGACAAAAUUGAACUGAAUAAAAUCAUUCUUUUGGUCGAGCAAGAAAAGAAUUGUAUUCAUCAUGAAAAAUCUGAUGCUGAACAAGACAAAUCAUCACUUCGCCAGGAACUCGUCAAAGUCGAACAGGAGAAAAUCGAUGUUGAGAAUGAACGAGAUACAAUUCUUCAUCGACUUCAAUUAACUGAAGUUAGCCGUCAACAAAUCGAGCAAGAGUUGAAUAUAAUUAAUAAAGAUAAAUCUGAAGUUAUCGAACAAUUUCAACAGAUGACUCGAUUGAAAAAUACUUUAGCCGAAGAUUUAAUUGCUGCUAAGAAGGAUAUUGAACGGCUUAGCGAACAUAACCUACGGUUAAAUAAGGAAAAAGAAGAAUUAACGAAAGAACGUGGCAAUCUCGUUGUUGACCUUACCGGUACUGAGCGUGACAAUCAAACAUUGAACUCGACAAUCAGCGCAUUACGGGCCGAUAAAGAAGCUCUUGAAACCAAUCUUUAUGAAGCUCAAACGAUAAUCAGUCAACUUGACGUUAAAAGACAACAACUCGAAGGUGAAAAUCAAGAACUACUAUUACGUAAAGAACAACUUCAAGGAGAAAUUCAACGGCUUCAUGUUGAAUUAAAUGCUGAAAUUGAGAAAUCAGCUCGCACACGUGAUCAACUACAACAACGUUUAGCACAAUUAGAAAAAGAAAAAGAAGCAACUGUUCAACAGCAUCGUAGCGCUCAUGAAGAGGAUGUUGAGCGUAUGACUCGUGAACGCGAAAAACUUCGUCGCGAAUUAGAAUUGGCUCGAGAAGAAACAAUUCGACAAUUUACAAAAGAAAAAGAUGAUUCAUCACAACGAUUCGAAAGAGAAAAGGACGAUUUACACUACGAAUUAGCGACGGCUAUUACAGAACGUGAUCAAGCAUUAAUUGAAGCUGAAAAUGAAAAACAAAAACUUCUUUCAAUCGCACAAACGGAACGUAAUGCCUUAGCCGAAAAAUUAUCAAUAACAAAAGAUGAUCUAUUACGUUUACAAGUGGAAUAUGAUAAACUUCGCCGUGAUUCAACAUUACAUCGCGAACAAGAGCGACAAGUGAUUGUAUCAUUACAAGAUGAAUUGAAAAAACUUCAUCUAAAAUUUGAAGAUACUACUGUUGCCAGUGAUCGUGAAGUUAAAACAUUAAGUGAUGAUCUUGAACAAUUACGUCAAAAAAUUCAAUUGCAAAGUCACGAAAAUUCAGAAAUCAAAACACAAUUAAAGUUAACUGAAGAUAAUCGUGACCAAUUGAAACGUGAUUUAAUUGAAGCCAAUCGACAUAUUAGAGAAUUCGAAGAAAAUAUUAAUAUACAAAGAAAAGAAAUACAAGAUUUGAAACGUAACUUACAAGAUGAAACACGCGAUAAAGAUUUAACAUUCCGUUCAAGUGAUGAUUUACGUGCGAAAUUGAAGAGUGUUGAAAAUGAAAAGAUCGAUUUGAAACAAUUCUUAGACGAAGCUAAACAACGAAUUAUCGUCCUCGAAGAACAGAAAUGUCAAAAUCAAAAAGAUAUCAAUGAUUUACGUCAUAAUUUACGUGAUGUUGAACGUUCUCGAUUGGAAGCUCGACGUGAAUUACAAGAACUACGUCGCCAUGUUAAAAUGCUCGACGGUGAAACCAAGAAGAAAUCUAAAGAAGUAGAAGAAUUAGCGGAUCGUGUCCGACAAGAUGAACAGCGCGAAGACGAAAUGCGCCGUGAAGUAUUCGGGCAGAAACAACGAUUUGUUGAAGCUGAAGCAUCACGAGAAGUUUUACGCAAAGAGUUAGCCAAUAUUCAGCGACACUAUGUUGAAUUAGAAGAUGAACAACGAUCGAAAGAACGCGAUUUUAAAUUGGCUGUUGAAGAUGCUCGACGUCUCGAACGUAAAGCAAUCGACGAACGCCGAAAUGUUGAAUUAGCACUCGAUGGCGCCAAUCAAAUGAUUUCAGAGUUACGUAUUGCAUUAUCAGGUGCCGAAGGACGAACAGCUGCGCUUGACACACAAUUAGCACGUGUCGAAGGAGCCAAACGUGAUGCUGAAUAUAAACUAGGUAGUAUUGUGUCCAGUUUACGUCGUUCAAUUGGCUAUGGGCCACGCAGUAGUAGUGGUUCAAGACUUCGAAGUCGUUCACCAAGUCCGAAUGUUCGUCGUCGGCCAAUUUCACCAACAAAAGGUUUCGAUAGUAAUGAAAAUCGCGCAUCGCCUAUUCUACGUCGAACAUCGCGAAGUCCACAUCAUCAUCGUUCAUAUUCGCCAGGUUUAGAUGAUGAACAAUCGCCAGGUUCAACUUUUGUUGACGUUGCUGAUAUUGAUCCCGAACAAAUUCGUACAGCAUUAAGAGAAUUUGUUCAAAACUUUAUUACAACAGAACGUGAACGUGAUGAUUGUGUUGUGGAAGUCACCCAACUUCGACGAACAACGAAAGAAUGUGAAGAAAAUCUUUCAAGAACUGAACAACGAUUUAGUCAAUUACAAAAGACACUUGUAUCUUAUGAAGAAGACAAGAAAGGCGUUGAUACUCGUUUGCAAGGAGCCCAAAGUGCUUUGGUAUUACAAGAGGAAACCAUUCGAAAAAGUGAACGCGAACGUAAAACAAUGUUAGAUCAAAUCGGCGGACUUGAACGACAAUUAGCCGCUUUUGAAAAUGACAAGAAACAAAUUAUUGAAAAAAUGGGCAUUUCUAAAUCAAGCGAAUCUCGUCUAUCCGAUGAUAAACGUCAAUUGAAACGAGCAUUAGACGAAAGUGAUGUUCGUGCAACUGAGCUCGAAAUGAAUAAACGAGCUUUAGAAGGUGAAAUUCAACGUUUGAACAUGAUCUUGACCGAUAAGGACACUGAAAUUCAAGUGCAUCAAGAACGAUGCGAUGCAUUAGUUCGACAAGUUCAAGAACGCGAAGAAAAAUGUCAAUCAUUACAAUUAAGUGUUGAUCGUCUUUCAUUAACAUUAGCUAAAGUUGAAGAAGGUGAAUCAAGUUUGAAAACGCGUGUACAAUCACUCAACCAAACAUUAUCACAAUCAAACUAUCAAGCAGCUGAUUUACAGCAAAAACUUGGUAGCAUACAAAAUGCUUUACAAAGCAGUGAAUCUGAAAGACGAGUUGCACAAGAAAAACUUGAACAAGCAAGAUCACAAAUCGGUGACCUUAAAAAACAAAAUCAUGAAUUACUUGAACGUGUACAUCAUCUUCAAAAUGAAGUUACUGAUUCGGAAAUGAGACGUCAUGAUUUAGAAAAUCAAUUACGAAAUGCGAAUACACUUCUUGUUCAACGUCAAGAGAGCGAACAAGAAGCAAUUCAAAAGAUUUCCAUGUUAACCGCUGAUAAACAAGCUUUACAGGAAAAAAGUAGUCACCUUCAACGACAAUUAGGCAACCUUGAUGUUGAAAAACGUGAUGUUGAACGAUCAAAAUUACGUUUAGAAAAAGAUAAAAAUGUUUUGAAGAAAACAUUAGAUAAGGUUGAACGAGACCGUCUUGUUACAGAAGAUAUUGUUCGUUCAUGGGAUCGCGCUGAAAUCGAUAGACAAUUUCGUCGAGUCGAAGAAGAAAACUUAUCUCUACAAAGACAAGUUGAAAAUUUACAAUCUGUUCUUAACGAAUCUGAACAUCAACAUGCACAGCGUUUAAUUGAUUUUAACACACGCAAUCGCCGUGAAACUGAAGUUGAAACUGCCCGUAUUCGUUCAUCGCAAUCCGCAGCUGAACGUGCUUUAGAAGGACGAGAAAAAGAACAUCGUGCUCGUGUUAGAGGGCUUGAAGAACAGAUAACAACACUUAAAGAGCAACUUCAUCAAGAAAUGCGUGGUCGUAAAUCACUGCUAAAUCGCGCACUAACAAGCAACGAUGAAAGCAGUGCUGUUCGUCGUGAAAUAGCCGAUUCGAUAGCAUUAGUUUCUCAUGAUCCAUAUUGUCUUGAUCCUGUUCUGUUGGAACAUGAAACAAAGCGAUUAACAGAUCUAACUGAAGCACCUGUACGAUACCGUUCGCCAACUCGACGCACCCUAUCACCAUCGAUUGCCUUACGUUCAAUGCGAGCUGCAGCUGCUGUAGCCGCAUCAUCGUCAUCGCCAUCUCUUCUCGGUUCUCAAUCGCCGAGUGCGUGUGUACGCUCAUCACGACCACGCUAUUGA